UUGGCUUGGCUACAGCAGUGGAAGGUGUGGUCUGGAUGAACGAUGCCGCAUCCUUUGUCAAACCGUGCAGUUUAAUAUUGAAUAACUGUAAAGAGAACCAGCAAGAGUGUGUGAUCGAUGUAAAUGUUGCCGACUUCCUUCUAAUUCAUGAUAAAAGUGUACUUGUUCAAGGAAUACGUCUCCAGAUUGUUUGCCACCUGUGGCAGGAUGUAACAUGUCCAGACAACUCAAAGGAAUGAGACGAAAGCUGCCGUCGUGUCAAGCUCUGCAACUUGAAUUGAACUCGGACUGAAGUUUAGGAGGGAGAGGAGCAGUUACGGGUCGAGACUUGGCUCCAUGAGAGGAAAAACCGCGAGAUGCGAGCGCUUCUCUUGACCACAAUCAUGAGCGCCAUGCGCUCCUCGCCGUGCGCGUAAGCUGCUGUGGCGGAUCCACACAUUAUGAGACGCCAUGGCAUGGUGUGACCGGGGGGUUCAGACUUUGCUGGCCAUCGUGGGGGCCUUCGCCGCCUUCAGCCUCAUGACCAUCGCCAUCGGCACCGACUACUGGCUUUACUCCCGGGCGUACAUCUGCAACGCCACUAAUGUCACCACGGACGAGACCCAGAUGCAAACCAAGAAAGUCAAAGGCGACCUGACGCACUCUGGAUUGUGGAGGAUCUGCUGUAUCGAAGGUAUCAACAAAGGAAGCUGUUUUCGGAUCAAUCAUUUCCCAGAGGAUAACGACUACGAUACAGAUAGCUCUGAGUACAUCUUACGUAUAGUGCGUGCAUCAAGCCUAUUCCCCAUUCUCAGCACCAUCCUGCUGAUGUUAGGUGGCUUGUGUGUCGCGAUUGGACGCAUCUAUAGCAGCAAAAACAACAUCCUGCUCAGCGCUGGCAUCCUGUUUGUGGCUGCAGGCCUGAGCAACAUCAUCGGCAUCAUCGUCUAUAUCUCCAGCAAUGCUGGUGAUCCCAGCGACAAGAAAGAUGAGGACAAGAAGAACCAGUACAACUACGGCUGGUCCUUCUACUUUGGUGCCCUCUCAUUCAUCGUGGCUGAGUCGGUGGGCGUUCUUGCCGUCAACAUAUAUAUCGAGAAAAACAAAGAGACACGCUACCGAACCAGACGUGACUUCAUCAAAAGCGUGCCCUCCUCUUCACCUUACUCUCGCAUCCCAAGUUACCGCUACAGACGAAGGCGCUCACGCUCCAGUUCAAGGUCGACCGACCCGUCCCGGGAGCCCUCCCCGGUGGGGAUGAAGAUCGGUGGAGGAAGUGGUGGUGGUGGAGGAGGAGGAGGAGGAGGAGGGUUGGGAAUGGGGUUACCAAUGGGGGAUAUAUCCCUGUACACCCUUAGUAGGGACCCUCUGAAGAGCGGAGGUGGGACUGCGGGGCCCUACAGCCCUGAAAGGGACUCUGGGUUUUUACAAGUCCACAACUGCUUUCAGAAAGACCUGAAAGAUGGAGUGAACAGGAGGACCACACCAGUAUGAGGUCAGGAGUGUAUUGCUGUGUAAAACAAUAAGCUUGAUGGAGCACAUUAGAAAUUGUACAGUUGAUGAGAAAGGACAACUCCUCCCCGGGGCUGUUCAGGCAGCAGCAAUGUUGAAAGGUCAGAGCUCAAAAUUGUUUUCCUUGCGUCCCUCUGUGACAGAAAAGUGCCAAUCUGUGUUUCAUUUGGACGAGAAGGAAAACUGAUAUCAAAAUAACUUUUUACGAUGUGACUCAAUAUCUUCUUUAAAGAGUGGAUGCAGACAUUUUGUAGCAAUAUUUGAAGACUUUAAGUCUAAAAUGUGAUACCCACUAUUUGUGAGUGACUUCUACUCCUACAGAAAGGCUGAAAACAUUGUACUGGCUCUGGUAUUCUUGAAGGGAUAGUCACUUAAGACUUGAUAAAAGGAGUAACUUGAUGCUCAAUAUAAUAAAAAUUCUAAAUAUUGAACUUCAGGUAAAGAUGUUUUUCCUCUGAGGUAGCUGUAUAGUGUUUUGAAAAUUAACGAAUUUCUUUUAUUCUGAGACAAAAAGAGAUGUUUGUCUCCAAAAUUGUUUGCUAAAUUGAAGUGAUUUAUGUGAGUGUUUGUAAUUAGAGUAUUAUUGUAUUGUAUCUGUUUGUAACUUCACAUGACUGGUGCUAACUUAAUCUGUACACCUUUGAUAGUCUUAAGCCUUCUCAACUGCCAUUUAAACACUUUUGCUGUGUCUCAGUAACCUCUCUCAAGCUUGUAUGUGGGUCAUGUGAUAAGUGUGUUACAGUAUGUGAAGUGUGUGUUGUAUGGCUCUGAAACACUGCCACCCCAUGACACAUUCAUACUAUGAAUAUGAUUUUCUGUAGAUAUAUAUAUAUCAGCAAAAAUGACAAGGCACAAAGUAAUGUCAGUACAUUCCAGUAUGACGUGUGAUGUAUCAGUAUAAACAUGAUUUGUACAGACUGUCUGUGUAGCUUGCUCUCUAUUUGCUCAGGGACGAUGUAUGGGACAUAUGAAUUUCUUACCCUAAGUCAGGCAGACUGUUACAGUGGGUGUGUGUAAAAACAGAGGUGAGAUCACACUGAAUGCGUUGCUGUUAAUUAACAUGACUCCUGUCUCUGCAUUUACCGCCUUUGUGUUCAGAGGGUUUUUGCCUGCUACAGAUUUUUUAUCUUUGAUCAUGCUGCAAGAAAACACUCAUAAUCGAUGCAGAGCUCAUAUUUAAAGUAUUUCUGUACUCGUACUGCUCUAUAUCAUUUUUAAGGAACUGACAACAAGAAACAAUUUUGUGUCAUGAUGUGCUUACGUGACUCUGUUUUGUUGAAUCUGACAUCUCUACCAUUGCAUGACAGAUAUUGAAAAAUGUCACUAUUACAGGAAAGGAUGGUUAAUAUUCUAUGAUUGGUUUGGUGGUUAUCAAGAAGAAGAAGUGUCUUUAAUCACAUUCAGAGAGACAUACUUUGAGUUGUUUUAGAUUUGAAUUAAAGACCAUCUAUCACAGUUUAUCCAAAACUCUGCUCUGUAAUUACAGUUAACUUCACUUUGCUUGUGGUUUGAUGUAAAAUGUGAGCUGAGAAUUGGUCAAACAAGG